CUAAGCUUUACUGAGGUCAAAAUGCGUGAGUGCAUCUCAAUUCACGUUGGCCAAGCAGGUGUGCAGAUUGGAAAUGCAUGCUGGGAACUCUACUGCCUCGAGCAUGGCAUUCAACCUGACGGUCAAAUGCCCAGUGAUAAGAGCAUUGGUGGCGGAGAUGAUUCGUUCAACACAUUUUUCAGUGAGACUGGGGCGGGAAAACACGUCCCUCGGGCGGUCUUUGUUGACUUGGAGCCAACGGUUGUUGAUGAGGUACGUACCGGUACCUACAGGCAACUAUUCCACCCGGAACAACUAAUCACUGGGAAAGAAGAUGCCGCGAAUAAUUAUGCCCGUGGGCACUAUACCAUUGGUAAGGAGAUUGUGGACUUGGUCCUGGAUCGCAUUCGCAAACUUGCCGAUCAGUGCACCGGUCUACAAGGUUUCCUACUCUUCCACUCUUUCGGUGGUGGUACUGGGUCUGGAUUCACCUCACUACUGAUGGAACGCUUGAGUGUGGACUACGGGAAAAAAUCCAAGCUGGAGUUUGCCAUUUACCCGGCCCCACAGAUCUCUACCGCGGUCGUGGAACCUUACAAUUCCAUUCUGACAACCCACACAACUUUGGAACAUUCGGACUGCGCUUUUAUGGUGGACAACGAAGCUAUCUACGAUAUCUGUCGACGUAACCUGGACAUUGAACGUCCGACCUACACCAAUUUAAAUCGUCUUAUUGGCCAGAUUGUCAGCUCAAUCACUGCCUCACUACGCUUUGAUGGUGCUCUGAACGUGGAUCUGACGGAAUUCCAAACUAAUCUCGUGCCGUACCCACGUAUUCACUUCCCAUUGGCUACUUAUGCACCAGUUAUUUCAGCAGAGAAGGCUUACCACGAGCAGCUCACCGUAGCUGAGAUCACAAACGCGUGCUUUGAACCAGCCAAUCAGAUGGUGAAAUGUGACCCACGCCAUGGUAAAUACAUGGCCUGUUGUAUGUUGUAUCGCGGUGAUGUCGUACCGAAGGACGUGAACGCUGCUAUUGCGACUAUCAAAACAAAGAGAACUAUUCAGUUCGUCGACUGGUGCCCAACUGGCUUCAAAGUAGGCAUCAACUACCAGCCGCCAACUGUCGUUCCUGGAGGUGAUUUGGCCAAGGUCCAAAGGGCCGUUUGCAUGUUGAGCAACACAACAGCGAUUGCAGAGGCUUGGGCACGUCUCGACCAUAAGUUUGAUCUGAUGUAUGCAAAACGUGCCUUCGUUCACUGGUACGUCGGUGAAGGUAUGGAAGAGGGUGAGUUCUCCGAAGCUCGUGAAGAUUUGGCGGCUUUGGAGAAGGAUUACGAAGAAGUUGGCGUAGACAGCGUAGAGGAGGAAGGUGAGGAGGAGGGAGAAGAAUACUAAAAAUAUAUAUGCAUCCAAUAUAUGUCACUCUCAACUUACCUAUGUUUCCACGUUAAAGAAUACAAGCUUAGAAUCAGUGA